GUUGGAAACUACUAUUAUGGCCAAGGACAUCCCAUGAAACCCCACAGGAUCCGGAUGACCCACAACCUGCUGCUGAACUAUGGCCUCUACAGGAAGAUGGAGAUAUAUCGCCCUCACAAGGCGAAUGCAGAAGAAAUGACCAAGUACCACAGCGAUGACUACAUCAAAUUCCUGAGGUCCAUUCGCCCAGAUAACAUGUCUGAGUACAGCAAGCAGAUGCAAAGAUUUAAUGUUGGGGAAGACUGCCCUGUGUUUGAUGGGUUGUUUGAGUUCUGUCAGCUCUCUGCUGGAGGCUCAGUGGCCAGUGCUGUGAAGCUGAACAAGCAGCAGACAGAUAUUGCUGUGAACUGGGCAGGAGGCCUUCACCAUGCUAAGAAGUCAGAGGCUUCUGGCUUCUGUUACGUCAACGACAUCGUCCUGGCGAUCCUGGAGCUCCUCAAGUAUCACCAGAGGGUGCUGUACAUUGACAUUGACAUUCACCAUGGAGAUGGUGUGGAGGAAGCAUUUUACACCACAGACCGGGUCAUGACUGUGUCCUUCCAUAAGUAUGGAGAAUAUUUCCCAGGAACAGGGGACCUCCGGGACAUUGGUGCAGGCAAAGGCAAGUACUACGCUGUCAACUACCCCCUGCGGGAUGGAAUUGAUGAUGAGUCCUAUGAAGCAAUAUUCAAGCCAGUGAUCUCAAAAGUGAUGGAGACAUUCCAGCCUAGUGCAGUUGUCUUGCAGUGUGGGUCAGAUUCUCUGUCAGGGGACAGGCUGGGUUGUUUUAACCUGACCAUCAAAGGUCAUGCCAAGUGUGUGGAGUUUGUAAAAAGUUUUAAUUUGCCCAUGCUGAUGCUGGGAGGAGGUGGCUACACCAUCCGCAACGUGGCCAGGUGCUGGACCUAUGAGACUGCUGUGGCUUUGGACACUGAAAUUCCCAAUGAACUUCCAUACAAUGACUAUUUUGAGUACUUUGGACCAGACUUUAAGCUCCACAUCAGCCCCUCGAACAUGACCAACCAGAACACCAAUGAGUAUCUUGAGAAGAUCAAGCAGCGUCUCUUUGAGAAUCUGCGCAUGUUGCCCCACGCCCCCGGUGUCCAGAUGCAGCCAAUCCCUGAGGAUGCUGUUCAGGAAGACAGUGGAGAUGAAGAGGAAGAAGAUCCUGAGAAACGCAUUUCAAUCCGCAACUCCGACAAGAGAAUAUCCUGUGAUGAGGAAUUCUCUGACUCUGAGGAUGAGGGGGAAGGAGGGCGCAAGAACGUGGCCAACUUCAAGAAAGCCAAGCGUGUGAAAACAGAAGAGGAAAAGGAGGAAGAGGAGAAGAAAGAUGAGAAAGAAGAGGAAAAAGCAAAAGAGGAGAAAGCAGAACCCAAAGGGGUGAAGGAAGAGACAAAAUCCACCUAAGAUGGCUGCUGCUGGACAGUCCUUGUCAGUGUGUAGUUGUCAUAGGUUAGCUUCUCUGGUUGCCUCCCAUUCCACAGGAUUUAUAUUUUAUAUAUGUUUCUGUAUAUAUUUCUAUAUAAAUAUAUAAAUGACUUGAGAACUGUAAAUUAUUCCUUGCUGCACUCCACUGGGAGCAGGUAGGGAGGAUUCUGUGGAGUAGUCAGACCUGCACUGCCCAGAUUUGGUGACUGGGAAGUUUCACUCUUGCCUUCCACUGCCUCCUUAGUGUGUCUUUAAAAAACAAAAAUCACUUCCUUUCUUUACUCUCCCCUCUGAAAUAACCACCCUUGGAAAAGAAUAAUUUAAGUAGAAGUAGUGUCUGCAGUUCAGGUUAGAUGGAAAGCUGGCCAUGAGGUUUUUUUUUUUCUUUUUCUUUUUUUUUUAUUUUGUGGGGGAGAAUGAGUUCCCCAAUGAAGCCUGUGAGAGACUGACUGUUCCUUUGGUCUUCAGUUUUGAUUCCACUGUGGCAAGUUCACUGCAAGCUGGUGCCACUUCUCAGGGUCAAAUAGUGCAGUUCUUGAAUAGAGUUGGCUACCUCCCUGCAGCAACCUGGUGGGAAGAGAUGAAGCAGCUGAAAAAACAUCUGAAAAGUGCUUUGGUGAAUCAGCCCCAGAGCCCUGCAGGUGCAGAUCUGGAAAAGACAAAAUGAAAACCACCCUGAUGGUGGUGGAACCUUUUCCAAGAU